AUGGAGAAGAAAGACACCCCUAUGAUGAAGGAUGAAGAGUUUGACUAUGACUUGGGCACUGCAUCAGAUGACAAGAAACUUAUACGCAAGAUCGACUCGCACAUCUUGCCUAUCAUGUUUCUGACUUACUUCCUUCAGAUGAUUGACAAGAUUUCCAUCAAUUACGCGAAUGUGAUGGGUUUUCAGGACGACCUGGGGAUGACUGGGGAUGAUUUCUCAUGGCUGGCAAUGGCCUUUUUCAUUGCUUACGCUGUUGCCGAAAUCCCUCAAGGAGCUCUGCUUCAACGAUUUCCCGUGUCAAAGGUGCUCGGCACAAACGUUUUCUGCUGGGGCAUCAUUCUUUGUUGCUCCUCCGCGACCAAGAACUUUGCUGGAAUGAUCGCAUUGCGCACUCUUCUUGGUCUCAUGGAAGCGGUCAUUGCACCGGCUCUCACGAUCUAUACGAGUAUGUGGUACACCCGAGCAGAGUCUACUCCGCGAUACGGAUUCUGGUACUGUGGAUUGGGAGCGGGGCAGAUAAUCGGAGGAUUGAUAUCUUUUGCAGCCCAGCAUGCCCCUGCUAGCUUGUCGUUCAGUGGCUGGCGCAUCAUGUUUGUGGUCAUCGGUGCUGUCAAUGUCUUGGUUUCGCUGCUUGUUCUUUUCGUCUUGCCAGAGACCCCGGCGAACGCCAAAUUCCUUAGUGAAUCAGAGAGACUGCGUGUUUCCCAGCGCCUCCAGAAGGAUCAGGCCGGUGUUGGUGCCAAGACCUUUCGCUGGCGCGCUGUGCUUGAGGCAUUUGCUGAUCUCCAGACGUGGCUUUUGGUUCUUCUCACCAUCCUGAUCACCAUCCCCAGUGGAGUGAUUACUACCUUCUCUUCCAUUCUGAUCAAGGGAUUUGGAUACGGCAGCAAGCAGAGUGCGUUACUGAAUAUGCCAUCUGGUGUAGUGAGCAUCGUCUCUACGAUGUUGUCCACAUAUGCGAUUGCCAAAGGCUUUUCUCGGUGGAUGGCCAUUGAUCUUUUACUGAUUCCGACACUUGUUGGUUCUUGCCUCAUGUCAUUUCUUCCAUCCUCCAACAAAGGGGGUUGUUUAGCAGGGAUAUAUUUGGUGAAUACGACUGUUGCUCCGCUUGCCCUGAUCUAUGCGUGGACUGGAGCCAAUUAUAAGGGAUACACGAUGAAGGUCGCCGGCGCGGGAAUCGUCUCAGCUGGAUUCAGCAUUGCGAACAUCAUCGGUCCCCAGACCUUUCAGUCCCAAGACGCGCCUCACUACAUACCGGCGAAGAUUACAUUAGUCGCGGUCAAUGCAGCAGCGAUUUUGAUAUCGACGAUCUUGCGGAUAAUGUAUGGUCGUCGAAAUUCUCGUGCCGAUCGUUUGGGAACUGCGGCACGCAGUUCAAUGGAAGGGCAAAGCAUUGAUGUCGGCGAUAAUACCUGGCGCUAUGUGUACUGA